CCCUCCUUUAAACAGUGCUGCUAUUUUACAGCAAUUGAAAUCCUUUUGGAGUUUGUAGCUGACUUGGAGCUACAGUCAGUUACUACUGCAAGAACAAGGAAGGGGGAAAGAGAGAGUAAUCCUCAAGUGUUCAGAUUAUUUUUCAGAAACACAAGCAGUAUCUUGCAGAGAAGAUGACAUUUAUGGGCUUAUUUCUCUUCUGUAUGCUGACGAACAUGCUCACAGAUGCCCGGUCAAUCCAGAAUGGAGAUGAUCCCUACCAGGAAUCUGUAGCCUUGCUGUACUGGCCCUUCUCAUCCAGUGAUUUCUGGUCCUACGUGGAGUAUUUCCGGAACCUAGGAGCCUACAACAGGAUCAAUGAAAUGGCCAGAGCCUUCUUUUCCCAGUUCCCUUUUGGGAGUCACCUUGGCUACCAUGUGCCCAACCACGAGCAUUAAUUGCUUUUUGCUAAAGGUGAUGCCAAGAUGGUUAAGUGAAUGCACAGCUGCCAGCAAAAGCAUCCCUCAGCCACUUAUUAAUACUCACACCACGCACUCAUUGCAUGUCAUGCUUUAAAUUAACCUUUUCUUUCUCACAAUCUGUGCUUUUGAGCGAAAUCAAUAAACCCAUUGAUUCUGU